AUGCUCCUUUCUCCGGAGACCCAUCACACAUACUUUGUCAACUCUGGCCGCGAGUUCGCUAUACGCGUCGACCCCUCUGGCGAGACGAUGGUCACAUUCUGCAGCAGCAACGGGAACAUGUACCCGGUGCGCACCGACGACGCGGACUGCUCCAAGCUGCGGGCUACCGUCGACGACGGAUUUGUCUAUGACGGGGCCCUGGAUGCGCUAUGA